UGGGACGUCCCACUGGAAAUGUCUUCUGUGUGAACUGGUGAGUGUGUCAGAUCUACCCGGCCCUGCUCACUGCUGACUUCUCCUCUGGUCCCUGCUCUGCAAAGCUAAAGACUUUGAAGAUGAGGGUGUGGAUUGUCUUCAUCCUGUGCCUGGCUGGCCACGCCAUGGCAGCUCCUACCGAGGAGGAGCCCAUUAUGGACGAAGCGCUGGUUGCUGAGGAGCCAGUGGUUGAGGAGCUUGUGGUUGAGGAGCCUGAAGUUGGGGCAAACCCCGUCCAGAUUGAGAUUGGAGAGUUUGACGAGGCCAUUGAUGUUGAAGAAGAAGAAGAAGUCGUCGUUGAGAACCCCUGCCUGAUGCAUCACUGCAAGAAGGGCAAAGUGUGUGAGGUCGACGACAGCAACACCCCCAUGUGUGUGUGCCAGGAUCCCUCCACCUGCCCUCCUGCUGAGGGAGAGUUCGAGCAUGUUUGUGGAACCGACAACAAGACCUACGACUCCUCUUGCCACUUCUUUGCCACCAAGUGCGCUCUGGAGGGAACCAAGAAGGGCCACAAGCUGCACCUGGACUACAUCGGAUCCUGCAAACUGAUCGAGCCCUGCAUGGACACCGAGCUGAACGAGUUCCCCCUGCGUAUGAGGGACUGGCUGAAGAACGUCCUGGUGACUCUGUACGAGCGCGACGAGGACAACAACCUGCUGACCGAGAAGCAGAAGCUCAGGGUGAAGAAGAUCUUCGAGAACGAGAAGAGGCUCCAGGCCGGUGCUCACUCUCUGGACCUGCUGGCUCACGACUUCGAGAAGAACUACAACAUGUACAUCUUCCCCGUCCACUGGCAGUUCGGCCAGCUCGACCAGCACCCAGUCGACGGAUACCUGACCCACACAGAGCUGUCCCCCCUGCGUGCCCCUCUGAUCCCCAUGGAGCACUGCACCACCCGCUUCUUCGAUCAGUGCGAUGCUGACAACGACAAAUACAUCGCCCUGGAGGAGUGGGCCAACUGCUUCGGCAUCAAGGAGCAGGACGUCGACAAAGACCUCAUCAUCUAAGCUCCUCCUCCUCCUCCGAGCAGCAGCAGCAGCAGCAGCAGCAGUUUGACAACUCCUAGUCGCUACUAACGGGACAAGGUGCUGAUCCCUAAGUUAAAAUAAAUCACAGUAACGGUGCUAAUUGCGAAUUAUUUGUUUGUUUUAUUUUUGAAAUAAUGACCUUUUCCUACCUAUACCACUAAAAAAGAUUACAAAAGAGAGACAUGUGCACAGUCUGUACUAACCGUCACGUUUUUUUUAAAUUCUCUUGUUUGUUGAACAAAAACACCCAGUAAAGAAAACUGAAGACCUCUGAUGUAAAUGUAUGUUGUUGACAAUAUUAUAUAUACUGUCACCUGUUCAGGGCUUUAAUUGGAGAUCAGUUUGAAACAUUAUCUCAAGGAGACAAAACUGUAAAGAUGAAAAUAAAGUUUCUAAAUAAAUGCUCCCUCUGCUUGCUUUCUACAAAUCACAGAUUUACUGUUUGCACUCUUUUGGUGGUGGGCUCUUUAAUCUUUGUGUGUAUUUUGGUUUUUUGACUACUGCUUUUUAAAAGCUGUUCAUUGUUGUUUUCCAUACAGAUUCUGUGUCCCCGACAAGGACACACGUGUAUGAUAUUUGAAACAAUAAAGAGGAUAUAUUGUUUGGACAUUUACUGAGGGGAAAAUCUCGCAGGCUGAGAGUUUUUCUCAUAAAUAACAUGUUUCUAUACUGACACUGAGAGCACAAGCAAACUCUUCAAUGAAUAAAAGACUAUGAAACGA